CACAUAUCUUGUUUCAAUCAAAUUCAUGAAAAAUAAAACAUGGGUUUUCUUAAUUAGUUCAUUUUAUGAAAUGGGUCAUUGUCAUAAUUUUGAUUUAGGUCAAAAAUUUUGAGUCUUUAAAAUUAAAAUUUAUAUAACAUGGGCCAUGCUCUGUUUUUUCGUAAUAUAUAAAUCAAAAUAUAAAGGAAAAUAAAACACGGGUUUUGUUAAUCUCUAUAUUUUAUGAAGGGGGCCAUGGUCAAAAUUAUGAUUUAGGCCAAAAAAAUUGAAUCUUUAAGGUUAUUGAAUUUGGGUCAUACUCUGUUUCUUCUCAAGUAUAAAAAGAUGUAAAAAAAUUAGGUUUUUAGUUUGAAUUUGAAUAUGGGAAGUGAGAAGAAAGAUAUAAACCAAGUGGUUUUGAAAGUUGGACUUGCUUUAGUGUUUUCUCUUGGUGGGAUGUUUUUUUCUUUUAUUAGAAACAAAAGGAUCAAACCUUCUCAAUCUCCAAAAUCUUCAGAUUGUAGUGAUCAUGAAAGCUUAUUAAAGGAUUCAAAAAUUGAGGUUCAUGUAUCUCAUAAGGCACCAAAUUCUCUCCAGUUUGAUCCUUUAGCUACCGAUAAACAUGGAGAGUUGCAUACUUCUGCGCUCAAUCUAUCUCAAUCUCCACAUAGCAAGCCUAACGCAGAUAUAGAUUCUUAUCUUCUACCAGAAUUUAAUGACCUCGUGAAAGAAUUCGAUAUGACUGCAUUGAAAACAAAUCUCGACCUUUCAAUAUUAAAUUCAGAACCGUCCCAAAAAGAAAAUUUGUGUAUCACAAAAGAAAACAAGGAACAAGAAAUCAAGAAUCUAAGAAACAUGGUAAAAAUGCUCAAGGAAAAAGAACGGAACUUAGAGGCCCAGCUAAUUAAAUCCUAUGGUCUCAAAGAACAAGAAUCUGCUGUCAGGGAGCUACAAAACCGACUGAAGUUAAACAACAUGGAGGCUAAGCUUCUUGCUUUGAAAGUAGAGUCUUUAAAGACUGAUAACAAGCGAUUAGAGGCACAAAUGGUAGAUUAUGAUAAAGUUGUAGUUGAUCUUGAAGCUGCCCGAGCCAAAAUCAAAGUUCUUCAGAGGCAACUUAGAGUAGAAGCAGCACAAAAUAAGGAACGGCUUUUGGAUAUUCAACAACGGGUUCAAAAGAUGCAGGAGGAUGAACAUAAUGGUGGUGUCGGGAUUGAUGUAGAGAUGCGGUUAAAUAUAUGUAAGUUGAAGGAUUUGGAAGCUGAAGCUGAGGACUUGAGAAAGUCAAACUAUAGUCUGCAGCUUGAAAAAGCCGAGCUAGCUCAAAGGCUGGAGCAAGUUCAAAACGUUGGCACAUCACUUCUGGAAGACGAAAAAACAGAAAAACUUAAAGAAGAACAUCAGCUUUUAAAGAAACAAAACGAAGAUUUAACCAAUGAUAUUGAGCAACUUCAAGCUGAUCGAUGUAGCGAUGUUGAAGAACUUGUGUAUCUUAGAUGGAUUAAUGCCUGCUUAAGGUACGAACUCAGAAAUCAGCAACCAGGCCCAGGUAAAACAAUGGCUCGAGAUCUCAGUAAAACAUUAAGCCCGAAAUCAGAAGAAAAAGCUAAACAACUAAUCCUUGAAUAUGCCAACAAAGAAGACGGGCUCGGAAAUUUGUACAUUCCAGAACUCGAUUCCGAUCAUUGGUCAAAUUCUCAAUCUUCUAACCUCACUGAUUCCGAGGAGCUCGAUGAUUCUUUCAUAGAUUAUCCAUCUUCUCGUAAGAGCAAUUCUAAGUUUUUUAGGAAAUUUGUAAAGUUCUUAAGAGGGAAAGAUGGUCAUAACCCUGACCAGAACCACCAAGACCAUGAUCCUCGUCAGCACCAACGUAGUAAUAGUAGAAACUCGUCUUUCGAACAAUCAGAAUCAGCUGGAGAAUUUAGGAAGUCGUUUACUGAGUACAUACAAAACUCGUCAAAACGCUCUAUGGAUUUUAAACAGUUGAUGCAUAGGUAUAGUGACGUAGGAACACAUAAAAGAAUCGAUUCCAUUGGUGGUGGUAGUUUGGAUCCACAUUCUUCCUUAGAUGGUCAGAAAUCUGACUUGGUGAAAUAUGCUGUAGCUUUGCAAGACUCGGGUCCAAAUCUAACAGCCAAAUAUCGACGCAGAUCAACCUCCAUUGGUUAGUUUGAUAAGAUGUCUUCUGUUUUUCAUAACUUACUUAGAAAUGUAACUAGAUAAUGUGAUCUGUAAAUAACCUACAAACCACACUCAUAAACAGUUUAAUAUGCAAAGGAUGAAAAUAGAUACCAAGGAAAACUUUAUAAUUUGAA